AUUUCGUCGAGCCGGCCUGGUCGGCCUGGCCUGCAGCCACGCCAUCCAAGAACUCGACCACCCGGUCGCCGCGCCGCCGGACGCCGCCUCGCCACGCCAUGCGACGCCGACGCCGGAGGCGAACCCGCUGGUGCGCUGCGCUGAAUUAUUGCCGUUGCCCUGCCGUAGCGCGGGGGCAGAGAAGAGCCUCGCCCGUUCGUCCCGGCCGGGUCGUUUGGCGGCUGGUCUGCAAGCACGGUCGGAUCGAUGGCGGCCGCCGCAUCCCACCCGGCCGGAGACCUUUGGGGCCCCUGUAGAGCAAGUCAUCAGCCCCGCCAAGUGACCGGAGAGAUUAGAUUACAGAGCUACCAGCUGCUCCCCUGCUCUCGUCAAGAUCUGACUUUUUGAUCGCAUGAUUAGCGACUUGUUUACAGGCUCGACGAUUGAUCCGGCUCCACGCCGACAGGGCCGCGCGCGAGCGAGGUCAACUCCUCGCCCAGCGUGCCUAUAAAUUCGCUCUCGGCCUGUCCGUACUCCUCCAUCCCAACCCAACCCGAGCAGCGCUUCAGAUUCCUCGCCUCCGUCUCCGGCCACCGCGUACACGAGUCGGAUAGCGAGAGGGGAAGAGGCCGGCCGGCUCCCUCCGGUGUCGAUCAGGAGCAGCGAUGGCUCGGCGACAAGGGGCCGUGGCGUUCCCGUUGCUUGCGGCGGUGCUUCUCGGCGCCUGCCUGCCGGCGCCGGCCGCCGCGGGGGUGCUCCUCUCCACGCUGCCCAAGGCGCUCGCCGUCACCACCUCCGCCAAGCCCGGCCAAGUUCUGCACUCCGGCGUGGACAAGCUGACGGUGACGUGGUCUCUGAACACGACGGAGCCCGCCGGCGCCGACGCCGCCUACAAGAGCGUCAUGGUGAAGCUGUGCUACGCGCCGGUGAGCCAGAAGGACCGCGGGUGGCGCAAGUCCAACGACGACCUCAAGAAGGACAAGGCGUGCCAGUUCAAGGUCACCGAACAGGCCUACGCCGCCGGCAGCCGCGGCAGCUUCGAGUACACCGUCGCCCGCGACAUCCCCACGGCCUCCUACUACGUGCGCGCCUACGCGCUCGACGCGUCGGGCACGCAGGUGGCCUACGGCCAGACCGGCCCCGCCACCGCCUUCGACGUCGCCGGCAUCACCGGCAUCCACGCCUCCAUCAAGGUCGCCGCCGGCGUGUUCUCGGCCUUCUCCGUCGCCGCGCUCGCCUUCUUCUUCGUCAUCGAGAACCGCAAGAAGAACAAGUAGGGGGCGCCCGUGCGCAGCGCCAUGUCGUCGCCGGCGUGCUGAGCUCUGAAUUUCCGGCGGCCGGUCUUAAGCUGGAUUCCUCUGUGUCACGGAGACAGCACGGUGGCCGGCGCUUAAAAAAUGCUGGUGUGACGGUCGUCGGCGCUGCAUCCAUGGAUGGAUGGAUUUACACGGCGCAGCGCAACUACUUUGGUGUACGUUUUGUUUUUCGUCGUGUGCGUGAAGAUAUAAAGUAAUUUUGUUACGAACUUACGAUAAGUUUCUCUGGCUCUGGUGAUGUGGUUUGGAUAUGCGAUGCAAUGCAAAUUACCAAGAACAAGAAAAGCUUUUGCACAAAGGAUGCAAGUGGAUCAACUCAAAA